ACCUUAUAUAAUUUGACUAAAUAUUAUUUUAUAUUCAGAUAUGUUUUUUGUUGCUUUUUCAAACGACUGGUGUGCUACUGUACCAGAAUGUUGGUUAAGUAUAAAAACCAAAAAAUUAAAAUGGCCACCAAAAAAUUGUAAUGUUACCAUUGAAUGUAAAAAAGCAUCAGAACCAAAAGAAAAUUGGAACACAGUAAAGUUCAAUAGACUAUUAGGACCGUUUGGUUCUUAUGAUGAAGCCAGAGCUGUAGAAAUUUCAGCGGUAGAUAUUUCUACUAACGAUGAAGAAACACUGAAAAACGUUAUUAGUAACUCUCAAAAACUUCCCAAGAAACGUAUUAGUAAAAAACCGGCAUAUUUAAAUUCAUCUUCGGACGAGAAUAAUAUGACGACAAAUCGAUGCAGAGAUAAUAUGGAGCAAAAUAAUGAUUGCAACAAUAAUGAUUUUGGUAAUGAAUCAUAUGAUUUUGGUAAUGAAUCAUUUGAAAACGAUGAUCAGUCCUUGCUGAAUUAUGGAGAUUAUUUGGCUGACUAUUCUUUAGAGCCGAUAAAAGAAAAUAUACCCAUUGAAACAACUGUUAAACCUGUUUAUGAAUAUAGUAACGAAAAAUUUAAAUCCCAAGAACAUGUAAACAAAAAGAAUAUUACAUUGCCACUGAAAAACACUGAUUCAUAUCGCUCACAAUAUAAUCAAGAUCUGUCAAUUUCACAUAAUAAGCCAAAAAUUCGCUGUGUAAUUAAUACGGAUAUACCAAUACGAAUUGCAGCAUCUUCUGCAAAAAAAGAACAGAAAGAAACUCAAUUUCAAAAUAAUUCUGAUUCUUCUAAGCAAAUAGUACAGAAAGAAACUUAUUUUCAAGACGAUUUUGAUUCUUCUAAGGAAAUACCUAAUAGUAAUACUAUUAAUGAUAACGCAAAUGAGUCCUCUAUGUGUCAACAUCAUACAUUUUGUUGUAAAACAUGUCGUUAUAAUAUGCAAGUUAUUUUGCAUAAAAUAAACUCUAUUGAAAUGCAUUUAAUAGAUUUCUAUGGUAAUGAACCGCAGCGAAAUAAUGAAAAUAUAUUACCACAAUUUCCGAUUGUUACAGUUCAAGAAUUAGAAAAUUUUAAUAAAUUGUUAAGGGAAGAUGCAAUAGCUCGUGCACAAUAUGUAAAAAAAAUAAUUAAAAAUAUUGGUGGUAAAGAUGUUAAAAAACAUGUUCGGCAAGCUUUGACAUUAAUAUUAAAUGAUGAAUUGUCAUGUAAAUUAUCAUGGACAGGACAGAAAAAAACUAUUAAAGUAAAAGAUAUGAAGUUUGUGGACAUAAUAAUAG